GUGUACUAUGUCAAUGUCAAUUGUGAAAUGUCAACAAUUAAGAAAAGGUCACCUUGAUGAAGUUCACCUUCUCCGGCGUUUGAAUUUGUUGGUAAUAAAUAAAUUUCUAUUGGUGAAUUGGUCAAAUUUAAAUCAAAAAGAUGGAUGUGACGAAGACGCAAAAAUUUAUAGAGCGAGGCUCUCAUAAAGGCAAGGGCCUUGCAGUCUUCACCAGCGGUGGUGACUCUCAGGGUAUGAAUGCAGCAGUGCGGUCUGUUGUUAGAAUGGGAAUAUACUUGGGAUGUAAAGUUUACUUUAUCCGUGAGGGAUAUCAGGGGAUGGUAGAUGGAGGUGAUAAUAUUGAGGAGGCAAAUUGGUCAUCAGUUAGCUCCAUCAUCCACAAAGGAGGCACUAUCAUCGGUUCAGCCCGAUGCAUGGAUUUCAUAAAGAGGGAAGGUAGAUUGAAGGCUGCCUUCAAUUUGGUAACUCGAGGUAUUACCAACUUAGUUGUUAUUGGUGGUGAUGGAUCCUUGACUGGUGCAAACUUAUUCAGACAGGAGUGGUCUAGUUUAUUGGAUGAAUUAUUGGAGAACAACAAGAUAACUAAAGACCAAAGAGAAAAAUACAAGUACUUGCAUAUUGCUGGUCUGGUUGGUUCCAUUGACAAUGAUUUCUGUGGAACAGACAUGACAAUUGGUACAGACUCAGCAUUGCAUCGUAUCAUCGAGGCUAUUGAUGCCAUUGUAAGCACUGCCUACUCUCAUCAGAGAACAUUUAUCAUGGAGGUUAUGGGUCGCCACUGUGGAUAUCUUGCUCUGGUCACCGCCUUGUCAUCGGAAGCAGAUUUUGUCUUUAUCCCAGAAGCACCACCAUCAGUUGAUUGGAGAGACAAACUUUGUUAUAAGUUAGAGCAGGAACGUAAAUCGGGCCAACGUUUGAACAUCAUCAUAGUAGCGGAAGGUGCUAUUGACCGGGAAGGUAAGCCGAUCACCGCGGAGCUGGUGAAGAAGGUGGUGGUGGACAAUCUUCAGCAGGACACCCGUAUCACCGUGCUGGGUCACGUCCAGCGUGGAGGCUCACCUUCCGCUUUCGAUAGACUGUUGGGCUGUCGUAUGGGAGCAGAGGCAGUUAUGGCAUUGAUGGAAGCGACGCCUGAAACAGAGCCUUGCGUCAUUUCCUUGGAUGGAAAUCAAGCCGUUCGACUGCCGCUUAUGGAAUGCGUUAGACGAACAAAAGCUGUUUCACAGGCGAUGGCGGACAAAAAUUGGGAGUUAGCUGUGCAACUACGUGGCCGCAGCUUCGCACGUAACUUGGAGACGUACAAAAUGUUGACCCGCUUGAAACCACCAAAGGAGGCUUUCGAUGAAGCUGGCAAGCCAGUUGAAGGUUUAACGCUCGCCAUAAUGCACGUAGGCGCGCCGGCUUGCGGCAUGAACGCGGCCGUACGCUCGUUCGUGCGUAACUGUAUCUACCGGGGGGACACCGUGCUCGGUAUACACGACGGUGUGGAGGGCUUUAUUAGCGGCAACAUUGUGAAGAUGGAGUGGUCUGAUGUAACCGGAUGGGUUGCGCAAGGAGGCGCUUUCCUCGGCACCAAGCGAACAUUGCCAGGAGAUAAGAAGGGAGAGAUCGCUGCCCGUAUCAAGCAAUUCAAUAUCCAAGGACUGCUUAUUAUUGGUGGUUUCGAGGCCUACCAAGCUGGCUUGGAGAUCUACGAGUCGCGCGCCCAAUUUCCAGAAUUCUGCAUCCCGCUAGUGGUGGUACCGGCCACUAUCAGUAACAAUGUGCCCGGUACCGACUUCUCGCUUGGCGCUGAUACCGCAUUGAAUGAGAUCACUGAGAUCUGUGACCGGAUCAGACAGUCUGCGCAGGGGACAAAACGCCGUGUGUUCGUUGUGGAAACAAUGGGCGGAUAUUGCGGUUAUUUGGCAACCUUGGCAGGUCUUGCCGGUGGUGCUGACGCUGCGUACAUCUACGAGGAGAAGUUCUCGAUCAAGGAUCUCCAGCAGGAUGUCUACCACAUGGCUUCCAAGAUGACUGGUGGAAUCCAACGUGGUCUCAUAUUGAGGAACGAGAAGGCCAAUGAAAAUUAUAACACUGACUUUAUUUACCGCUUGUACUCCGAGGAGGGCAAAGGGCUGUUUACGGCUAGGAUGAAUGUGCUGGGUCACAUGCAACAAGGAGGUUCACCAACGCCCUUCGACCGCAACAUGGGCACCAAGAUGGCCGCCAAGUGCCUGCACUGGCUCGUGGACAUGAUACACAAGGGGCCCGCCAACAAGCCGGACUCCGCGUGCCUGCUCGGCAUCGUGAAGCGUCAGUACAUGUUCACGCCCCUCGAGGAACUAAAGACGCAGACUAAUUUCGCACAAAGAAUUCCUAAACAACAGUGGUGGAUGAAGCUGCGUCCAUUGCUUCGUAUUUUGGCGAAACACGACUCCACAUACGAAGAGGAGGGCAUGUACAUGACAGUUGAACAAGGAGAGAUUGAUUCUGAAAAUGUUAUCUAAUUUAUUUGUACUAGUCAAAAAUGUAUUGAGCCACUGUUUAGAGGAAAAACUAUAAUAUUAUAUGGUUAUAAAAUUAGACAUAGAUUGCUAUUUAUAAUUUAAAAUUUGAUGUAGCUUCACUUGUUGAGAGAUUGAUAAUAAAAAAAAGAUAAAAUUAAACAAGUGAUGAUAAUAAUUAUCCUCCUAUUGGCAUUCUAGUUUUUUGAUGUCAGUCAUUGUAUCUCAGUUCUUCAUUUAAGAACAUUUUUCAUCCAAAAAAAAGUAUUUUUUUUAUUGUAAAAUUAUAUUAUGAGGCAUUAUGUUUAUAUUUUAAUACCUAAGAUGUAGAAACUUAUAUUAUUAGUUGACAAAAGAGUGACUGGAAUUAUCUUAUGUAUAAUUUCAUACAAUACUUGGACUAAAUGUUUAUUUAAAUCAAGGAUAUUAAUUUGUCCAUGGUCAGAAAUUAUUAUUUUGUAGGUUUUUUUUUGAAAAAUCAUGCCAUAUUUAAGAGUAAAUUACAACGAUUUUACAAAAAUUAAUCUGUAUAUUGUAUAUUUUUUGCAGUAUACAUAAUAUUUUAUUUUUAUACUCUUGGAUGGAAUGUUGAGAUUUUUAGUUAUAAGGAAAAAUAUAGUUCCGAGAUUGUAUUAAGGUUGUUAGACCAUAUAUUAUAUCAAUAUUUUUAAGAAGUGGAAUGUAAUUUACAACUUUUGAAAAUAAUGUAAAAUUGCAUAAUUAAAAAUCGCUUCGUCAAAAUAAAUGUUUCGAUUUAUAA